AUGAUUUUGAUUUCUUUCUUAUUCCAUUUUUCUAUUUUUCUUUUAUUUUUUGAACAAAUCCCUUCACCCAUUCUUAAUUUUUUUCUUUUUUUUUUUGAAUUUCUUUUUUUUUUUUUUUUUCUUUCUUCCUUCCUUUUUUUUUCCCUAUGUGUGUUUUUUUCAAAUAAAAACUUUUUUUCUUUUUACAUUAUAUAUCUCCCUUCACCCAUUCUUCCCUUUCUUAAAUUUUUCUUUCUUUCUUUCUUUUUUCUUUUCAUUCAUUUCAUUUUCUUAAUUGUUGUUUGUUUUUUUUUACGGUUGUUUUUUUUUUCUUUCUUUUUUUUCUUUCUUUCUUUCUUUCUUUCUUUUUUUCUAAUUUCAAAAUUUUCCUUUUCCCUACCUGUUUUCUUUUUAUUUCUUUUUUCUUCCGUGUGUCGUUCUUUCUUUCUUUCUUUCUUUCUUUCUUUCUUUCUUUCUUUCUAUUUCUUUUUUCUUCCGUGUGUCGUUCUUUCUUUCUUUCUUUCUUUCUUUCUUUCUUUCUUUCGUGCUUACUUUUGUUCAGUUUUUCUUUUCCUUUCGUGUGUCGGUCUUUCUUCCUUUCUUUUUUCUUUCUUUUUUUCUUACUUUCUUGCUACCGUUUGUUCUUUCUUUUUUUUUCCUUCUGUGGGUCGUUCUUUCUUUCUUUUUUGCUUCAUUUUCUAG